GUAGGCGGUAUCAACGCACGAGCAGUGGUGAAGUUUCCAUACAACCCGCGACUUGAAGACGAGUUGAAGUUGACGCGCGGCGAGACUGUAACAGUGAUUGAUAGAAGCAGUGACGGAUGGUGGAAAGGAGAGAGUAAUGGUAAAACUGGCUGGUUUCCGUCCAACUAUGUGGAAGAACUGACCGGAUCAUUGUACACCUGUGGUAACGAGAAUGAGGAUUCAAACGGUUGUUCUGUUCAUGUUGGGCGUCCACCAUUAACAGCUAUUUCUUCUCCUGCUUCCUCGACUCAGGCGAAAUCCGUGCUGGAAUGCGUUGUUGCGCUCUAUUCCUUCGAUGCCUCAACGGUCGAGGAAUUGUCUUUUAGGAAAGGAGAACGUCUGUACAUUAUUGAUCAUCCCGCUCAUGACCCAGAUUGGUGGCUGGCGCGUAACUCUGUUGGCCAACAAGGUCUCAUUCCGAAGAAUUACAUAGAGGUUGUUUCUGCCGGUACUACAAUUACUGGAAGUCCAGUGGAAAAAGCGCCAUGGUUCUUUGGUCGAAUUAGUCGUGACGAAGCGGAUCGCUUGCUGGCUAACGGGAGAGAAGGCGAAUUUCUUGUGCGCGAUAGCGAAAGUAAUGUAAGUGCUUGUCAAUGA